AUGAAUAACCUAAAUCUGGAACAUUUGUACAAUUGCACUGCGUCGACUUUUGAGCGUAAUGUUACACUGCUAUUAAAACUAAAUCUCAGUGAGAUCCGUUAUUUUAUCGAAGAGACGUUGAACAAGUCAACUAGGCGUGAUGCUUUACGACAGAUGCUCUUUGACUGCAUCCUCGUUAAUCAGGAACGGCCAUUUGAUUUGCCGUGGUGGCAAAAGCUCUUCUGGUCUUUGAUAUUUGCGGUGAUACUGCUGGUCUCAACUGGUGGCAAUAUUAUCGUUAUGUGGAUCGUACUUGCUCAUCGGCGAAUGCGUACCGUAACUAAUUACUUCCUGGUAAAUCUUUCCGUUGCGGAUCUUAUGAUGUCAUUGCUCAACUGCGCCUUCAACUUUAUCUUCCUCCUCAACUCUAAUUGGCCCUUCGGAAUGGUGUAUUGCACCAUCAACAACUUCGUAGCACACGUGACCGUCGCUUCCAGCGUUUUUACUCUCGUCGUAAUUUCAUUUGACAGGUACAUGGCCAUUAUGUAUCCACUUAAACACCAUAUGUCUCGCAAGCGGACAGUGAUUACUUUAAUUUUAAUCUGGAGCAUCUCGUCUGCCCUUGCAACACCGUGUCUUUUAUAUUCCACAACUACAUUACGCAGAUAUUCCAACGGAACAACCAGAAUCUCCUGUUAUUUAUUGUGGCCUGACGGGGGUUAUUUGCAUAGUAAAACGGAGUAUUGCUACAAUAUCCUGUUCCUCACUGUAACAUAUCUGGUUCCCAUGUCAGUGAUGGCUAUCUGUUACACAUGUAUGGGGCGAAAGUUAUGGGGCUCGAAGUCGAUUGGUGAACUUACGCAUUACCAGAAAGAAUCGAUGAAAUCUAAACGCAAGGUUGUAAAGAUGUUCAUUAUCGUGGUGACAAUAUUUGCUCUAUGCUGGUUACCAUAUCAAGGGUUUUUCAUCUUUGUGUAUCAUUACCGUCAUUUCGCGGAAAGCAGUUACGUGCAACACGUGUAUUUAAGUUUUUACUGGCUCGCUAUGUCCAACUCUAUGGUAAAUCCGAUCAUAUAUUACUGGAUGAAUAACAGAUUUCGAGUUUACUUUGAAUUGGUAAUUUGCAAAUGCUGCUGCAUGAUAAAUCGGACAAAUGUGCAAACUCACGAAACCCAAGAAUUAGCAGGGUUUCAACGUUCAGAAAUCAUGCCAUACAAUUCGGGUCGUUUUAAAUCUACUUCUGUCAGAUGGCGACAAAGCGUGGCCGAAAGUCCAAUACAGACCUUUAAAACGAAUACUCGCACAAUGUGCGAGGGACUCCAAACUAAAGAGGACGUUGCUAUAAUCUGAAUUCUAGUUUAAUUAUAUCAUACAUUACGAGAACAAUGCUAAAAUGAUGUCGUAAUAAUACCAUCUUCAUGCUUUACAACGAACUUUGUUAUAAGCAAUUAUCGAAUGUUCUAAUUGCUAAAUUAUCAACAAAAGUAAGUUAGUAAGCAUAACAUUCUAUCUUUCCCUUUUAAAAGAUAUUAUUUACUCGUAAAUGAGACUGACAAAAUUAUAAACAGAAAAAGUUCGAUGUUAUUUGUAUAUUCAAACGUACUAAAUAAUGUAAUUGUAUAAAUAUACGUCUCGUGUGAUAACAUCUCUUACUCUCUUGGAACUGUUAAUAUUAUAUUACAACAAAAUUCUGUGUAUAUUCUGAAAUAAACAGAAUUUGUUCUCACAAA